GGGAGGGAGUUCCGUCAGCCACGUCACCUACCGACUUCACGCGCAGGCAGAGAGACAGAGCGGUUCCGGCUGUCGCAGAACACUCCGUUAAUGUCGCGUGGUUAAUAACGGCACAUCUGUGAGGGCACAGCUGGAUCUAUAAGGAGCUUUACUGAGAGCGCGCGCUGUGUUCGUGCAGCGGCGGAAAGUUUACACUCGGAAAUCCGUCCUCGAGACUCCGAGAGCAGCGCGAGACCCCGCACACUGCCGACUUACCCGUCUAAUAGCUCUUUUUAUUAUUAUUAUUAUUAUUAUUAUUAUUUCAUUUCCGGUUUUGUGCUUAUUGACGCGCGAGGAUGAACGUGUUCCGUCUGGCCGGUGACGUGUCGCAUCUGCUCGCCAUCAUCAUCCUCUUCAUGAAGAUCUGGAGGUCCAAGUCCUGCGCAGGUAUCUCAGGGAAGUCCCAGGUGCUCUUUGCAUUGGUCUUCACCACCAGAUAUCUGGACCUGUUCACUGUCUUCAUCUCCUUGUACAACACGGUCAUGAAGGUGGUGUUCCUGGUCCUUGCCUAUGCAACAGUGCAUCUAAUUUACAUGCGCUUCAGGAACUCUUAUGACAGUGAGAAUGACUCAUUCCGUGUGGAGUUCCUGUUGGUUCCUGUUGCUGGACUCUCCUUCCUUGAGAACUAUGCCUUCACUCCACUGGAGAUCCUGUGGACGUUCUCCAUCUACCUGGAGUCAGUGGCCAUCUUACCACAGCUGUUCAUGAUCACCAAGACGGGUGAGGCCGAGUCCAUCACCACACACUACCUGUUCUUUCUAGGACUGUACCGUGCCCUCUACCUGGCCAACUGGGUGUGGCGCUACCACACAGAGGGCUUCUUCGACCAGAUCGCUGUCGUCUCUGGAGUUGUGCAGACCAUCUUCUACUGUGACUUCUUCUACCUCUACUUCACCCGAGUGAUCAGAGGAAAUGGGAAGAUGUCUCUGCCGAUGCCAGUGUGAGGACCAGUCUUGGCUCCGCCCCUUCUGCGUGUUUCUGUAUCAGCGUUUCUCACUCUGCCAACUUCAACUCAUUUUGCAUUUUAAAGGAACUCCAAAUUUUUAUAGUAACUUCGAAUCCCAGCGUUGGGGCUCAGCCGCCAUGUUGGAGGGGAAAACAGAAAUGUGCCUUAAUGUACAGCAUAAAGAUUUUUUUAAAUUGGUUUUUUUCACACACAUAUAUAUACACACACACACGAGGGUAAGUCAAAAAGUUCUAAGACAGAUUUUAUAAUUUCAAAAGGUGUGACAGACAUCCCCCAGAAUUCUACAAAGAAGGAAUUCUCCGAUGGAAACACCGCUUGCAGAAGUGUUUAGACUUAAAUGGAGGAUCUGUAGAGAAAUAGCUUUGUUAUUUUCAUAAAUAAAGAUUUUCAAUUUAUCUUAGAACUUUUUGACUUACCCUCAUACAUAUAGAAACACUUAUUGGUACUCAAGAAAAGAGCACACAUGCCAAUGUCUUCCUUCACUGUGUGUGUGUGUGUGUGUGUGUGUGUGUGAGCUUUUGUUUAUUGUCCUAUGGGUGCCAAGAAGGGAUAAACUCUAUAUUUUAUGCUUUUUUUUUAUUUGAGUGCAUGACCAAGAGCUAUUUUUAAGUUUUCAGACCCUGAUGUAAUCUGUCUGAUCUGUACACUCUUACUAAUGUAGCACGUCAGCUAACUACCCUCGCUCUAGUCGUCUGCCAUGUGAGCUAGUGUCCCUCACUUCCUCACUGUACAGUGUCGUAGCGUGAUGGUGUGAAGUGCAGCGCCACACACACGAGCCAGUUUCUAAUGGCAACUGGAAAAGCUUUGUAGUGGUGCUGAACACUUAACGUAGCUACAUAAGAGAUAAAAUGCCACAUGGGUGGUGGAGGUGGUGGACUGGGAGACCGUCUGUGUGCUCUUCCUGUUGUGUCUGUUCAUGUCACAUGUUUACAUGCAGUAUAAAGAACGUAUCGGUACAGAAAUCCAAUCUGGUACUGAUCCAGAGUUUGAGGUCAGCAUCUGGACCAAUCGCAGAGUUCCGUUUCACAACCGUAUACGGUAUGCUGGAUUUUUCUCAGCGUUAAUGACGAGAUUAACAAACAGGAGUCAGUCACAGGACUCGUCUCAGUGUCGUAACUGAUUGAACAGGUCGAGCACUCGCACAGGGAGGGGCGUGUGUGUGUUUCAUAUGAGCGUUCUACACAUUUCACAUGGUGUUAAAACAGGAGCUUAAACACUCCAUAUCUUUUCCAAAGACUCUAUCUAAAGUGAUCAUUUUUUACAAAUUCAUACUGGGAAGUGCUUUCUGUUUUUCUGAUGUUUGUUGAGUGUGUUUUGUAAAAUGGGUGUGUUUUACCAAUAAAGGAUCGAAUGUGUGUGUA